CAGGGGCCAAUCACACGGCGCCCUAACCAGAGAUGCGCCGCGCAGUCUGAGCGCACUGAUCUCAACUCUGGCUGCUGGACAACUCCGGAGCUGCGACGUAACCAGAAGCAAGUCCAAAUGCGACACAACGCGCACUUUGAGGCUGUAGUGUGACUGGAACUGACUGGUGAUCAGCUGCAGAGAAACUUUUUGGAUAAAUGUUACUCGUCCAACAGAGAUCAAUAAAACCGGGAUCCGUAAAAAUAAAUGGGACAUCACAAAUCGCGAGAACUUGAUUCCCUCCAGUUUAGCCAACUUUGUGCGGUAGCCCAUCCGAUCUGCCUCGGUCCGUGCAGAGCAGGAGGCUGGAUGUGGCAGGAGACGGGUCACUGAGCUGUAGAGCCGGGUGCGAGUUUCCCCAGACCCCAACUCUCCAAUGUCACCGGACAGGAUGAUGAUCAUCGGACUCCUGCUCAACGUCUUAUCCCAUGGUAGUGCCCCAGUGUCUGCCUCCUCAGACUGUGUGGUGGCGGAGCAGCGCUGCGUCCAGGAGCCGUCCUGCAUAGGGCUCUAUCGGCUGCUGGAGUACUGCGCGGCGGAGGAGGCCGUGUCUCCUCUCGGCUCGGACGCCCGACUCGAGUGCCUGGAGGCCCAGAACUCUUUGCAGCGUUACCGCCCGCUGCAGGUUUGCAAGUGUCAGCGCGGCUCUCGCAGGGAGGAGCACUGCCUCAAGGUCUACUGGACGGCCAGAUUUGCAGCUUAUGAGGAGUAUGAAGUGUCUCCAUAUGUAGAACUGCAGUUGAAUCUGGUGAAACACUUAGAGAUGACACGUAUGGCCUCCAUCAUGGCAGCUUCUUCUCUUUCUGUGGAUGGCCAGAACCAGUGUCUGAAGGCAGCGCAGGACUGUGGCCUGUAUGAGAAAUGUGGCUCCCUUCGGUCAGAGUAUGUCGUGGCCUGCACCAAGCGAGCGACAGUCACAGACGAAAGCUGCAACCGGCAGAAAUGCCACAAAGCCCUGCGGCGCUUCCUGGAGCGCGUGCCCGAGGAGUACAGCUUCGCUCUGCUCUUCUGCCCCUGCUCGGACACUCUGUGCGGGGAGAGGCGGAGGAAGACCAUCGUCCCGUCGUGUUCCUACGAGGAGAACGGGAGAGGGGAGGAACGAGUGGGAAAGCCCAACUGCCUGAGCCUGCAGAACUACUGCUCCAGAGACGAGCUGUGUAGAUCCCGCUUCGCUGAUUUCCAACACAACUGCCAGCCCUCCCCUCUGUCUGCUUCUGGCUGCGUGCGAGAAAGCAGAGCCAUGUGCUUGAAGGCCUACGCUGGACUCAUAGGCACCAUCAUGACUCCUAACUAUGUGAACAACAGCAGCACAGAGGUGUCCCAGUGGUGCUCGUGUGACGGCAGCGGGAACGAGUGGCAGGGCUGUCAGCGCAUCAUGCACAUGUUCAGCGGCAACUUGUGUCUACGCAACGCCAUCAGCUCCAUGGGAAUCUCCGCACUUCCUCCUGUGGAAAACACUCCGGUGCCAGCGUCUCCGCCCCCCCCUCGCGUCUACCAGGAAAAGGUCCAUGUCGGUGUUAACACUCUCCCUGAAUUCAACAGUAUGGAGGACAGCGAGGAAGAGGAUCAGCAGCAGGAGGAGGAAAGCGAGGAAUUCAACGUAAUCCCUCCGUACUCUGAGAAGGACUCCAACACUGAAUCUGGGGCCAGAGGCAGCACACGAGGAGCCGCCGGCCGGGCACUACCCUUCCUCACAUUACUGCUGCUGCCUACUCUCAUCCUGGACGGGGCCUGUUGGAGCUACUGAAGCCUCUCUCAUUCUCCGCUCUUAUUUCACACGCACUACCGCUUUCAAAUCCAUCGCAGAAUGAGCCACAGAGGAAACAUUUCUUCUUCUUCCUUUUUUUGAAAUACCCUGCCUUUAGUUUAUUAUUCUGUUUCUCCUAUCACUGCCUCCUCAAGAGCUGAAAGAUAUCUGUAGUCCCGCAGUAUCUCUCCUAUGAAACACAGCGGAAAAACGUGAGCAGAUAAAUGAGUGCAUGGGUGGAUUUAGAAAUGCUGUCUGGGCAAAUACUCUAUCUAGAGCCUGCUUCACACUCAAAGUACAUCCUCUCUUUUUAAAAAGAAGCACAUCGCCCAAGGCAACAUCCACUAUACACACUCACAAAAACCAUAACCAGUCCACUCCGCUGCAACCAGGCUGGAGCACGGCUUUUUAUUUCUAUUUCGUGAAUCAUGUGACAUCCAUUUCUCUGUGGUCCCCUUCGGAUCUUCCUCUCCCGGCUCCAUACGCUGGCUGAGUAACACAAUCCACUUUAAAACAAGCUAAUCAGAAACUUCUCCGCACUUAAACUGCUCCAUUGGAGAAGAAUAUGGUUUUGAAAUGUGCUGUUUUUUUUUCUCACAUUUGUGUAUGACACAUCUUUAUGUCUCCUGCUCCCUUUGUGCGGAGAAAAGCAGAGUGCAACAGUGGUCCUUUUGUGUAAAUGCCACUUAGUGUUAUUCCUACCAGGGUGAGAGACUGAGGAUCCAACCAUACGCAAAAGUAAUGAGAUCAAAUUAUAUUGUUGGAAUGACGAGCAAGAGAAAAGCAACACGAGCAAUUACAGCACAAUUCAAAUUGCUCAGCAUGCGGGGGAAAGUCUGGAGUAAGGCUCAAGGGUGGAAAUAGCCAAUUUACUUCUGUCAGACCCCCUCUCUUUUUCUUGUCCUGAGGAGGUGUGUUUUUAGUGCUUCUUGCCCGUAAUGUGCUCUGGAUGUUUUGAGAGCGAGAUGCGGAGAGACGGAUGGACACAGGAGACUCUAAAGCCUCCUGGCUGCUCCCAUCGUUGAGCAGAACAUUGAGCCAUUCUCUCUUCCUGAAAUAGCUUCUGCUGAUGUUAAUGAUUUUCUUUCUCUUAUGGCUCAUUUUCUUGUGAAAUUACGCAGCUGCAAGGGAUGUAGGUAAAGUGAAGUAUGGAGAAGUCUUUGUGGAGGGGUAAACUCGUCUAAUUUAAGGAUGAGUUCACAAGAAGUUACCUGAGCUCCGCAAUGGAAAUGUUCUCUCAUGAUAGAAAUAUCUAUACCAUCAACACGGGAGAUUUCUAAAGACAUAUCAUUGAGAAAAAAAACAUUGUUGAGUGCUUGAAUAUUAUUUCAUCGCGCCUCAACUACUGGACUUGUUUAUACAAUGACUUGUUGACAUGAGGACUGAACUUAAAGUAUGAAGGCAGAAAAGUAUGAAGUGUCUGUAUGAUCUAUGCUUUUGCAAAUGCAGAUCCAUGACCAAUUCAAACUUGGUUUUGAAUUUCCAGAAGUCAAAGUAAAUGGAAGCUUUGAGUUUGGGAGACCUGUGGUGGCUGUUGCACACUUUGGGCCAACAUGACAUCAUGCAGACUUUAUUAAGAGUUUGGCUGCAGGAAGCUAAGCAGUGGAGGAGGGAAAGGUCAGUUAACAAAGCUCUGAAGUGUGACUGCAAGCUUAGUGGGUUCAAAAAACAAUUUGGACAGAAUAUUUUAAAGCUAGUGCGCAUACUGUAUAUGAAAUAGACAUUAUAGAAGAGGCAUGUUGAUGGAUGAAAAUGAUAAACACACUUUACCCAUCACUGUAACAACGCAGUGUCAAUGAUGCUUAAAAUGAACGGCAUUGAGAAACACGUGUCAAUAAUAUCAUCCAGUGAGCUCUGGCCUUAAUGACUGAAUGUGAGUUUACAUGUAUUUUCACAUUUCAGUAGGUUUGUUAAUAUUUGUAAACUACACUUGCAUUAAACAUGGCUUGUUUUUUUUUGAUGAGUUGAAGAGUUUAAAAGAAAAGAAAGCUUAUUCUUCAUCCAUCAAUUUAAAUUCUUUAAGAAAAUAUGUGAAUAUUCCCUAAAUUUGACUGUUUUUAGAUUGUAUCUUGAGAAUACAGUUUAGAGACGCUGUACAGUACUAUGUUCUACAUGCUAACCUUCUUUAAAAGACAUAUCAAACAUGCCAAAUAACUCUGACUGUAAUGUGUAAUAACUGUAAUUUUUGUGACAUAGCAGAACAGUGUGCCGUUUCGGUAAAAAGAAGAAUAAAAUUCACAUUUCCACGUC